CCGUCAGCGAUGCAGGAACUGUAGGAUUCCAGUCGCCCUCGGCUAUCUUUUCUAUCCAUUCUUCUGUUCGUUCAAGUAAUGCUAGACAAAAUCGAAGGCAAUCAGCGAAAUAUAUUGAAUUUAAAAUGGAAAACGUGUUGAUUUAAGGGAUUAAGUUAUUGAUACGACAAAGAAUACAGGCGUUAAAUAUGAACAACUGUCAGAUCGAAUUUGUCUGGGAAUGUGCUAGAAAAUGAAAGACUCCUGAGAAUUCAGAAUUUUUCAAAGUUUCUACAAGAAAAGUUGACAUUAAUUAAGGCAAAUCUUGUAGUCAAGGAUCUAAAAAGGGUAACAUUGAGUGCAUUAAAGGAAAUGUUCAAGAGUGACAAGGUGGCGUUAAGCUUUAUAAAUACGGAAGGAGAUAAGGAUUCAGGGAGAAUGUAUAACAGUUGCAAGAAAAGGAUUAUAUGAUAAUUGAUGGCUGAGCAACACAAGCAUUAAAAGGAUUUUAUGUACAUGUAUAAAGCAUAUCAUUAUUCUAAGCUACUUGUGUUCAGUUCAGAUAAGAGAGUCUGUGGCGUUACUCAAAGACAUUUGACGUUAAAAAAUUGUGACACGUCAAUUUGAACACAUUCUAUAUGGGAAGAAAUUGGACGUUAAAAAAAUUGUGACACGUCAAUUUGAACACAUAGUAUAUUGAAUUUAAGAGAUGUUUCGUAAUUCAACGUUGGCUCCUAAUAGAAAAAUUAUCCAGUGACAGUUUUUAUUUGAUCAAAUUGGAUGUUUUGAUAUUGUGCUUAUUACCAGCAAUUGAAUAUUGGAUCUGUGUAACUGAACUUCCGUGGGAAUGAAUGGAAAAACAAAGAGUUUUAUCCGAAGACAUCUGAUUUUAAGACGAUUGUGAGCUGAUCGAGUUGUUUUGAGUCUCAGUAGUGUCAGCAGUAUUGUUUUGUCAGUAAAUUGUGUGGUGAAAAGGAAGAUGUGAGAAUCAAAUAGAGAUUCUUUGAACUCCAGGAUCAAUAUAGAGACAGUGGGAAAGAUGUGGAACGCUACAUUCUUGCUUUAAGACAGAGUUGUUUAAAAAUAUAUUACUCUUUUAAACUUCUGUCAUUUGAAUCAAGUUUGAAUAUCCAGUUUCCACAGAGUUAUUUUUGUGUUGGAAGAAGUUGAAUUGUUACUAAAAGAUAGUUUGUUCUUUUUGUAGCAUGUUAACCCCUGUCUGAGAAUAUCUGAAUUAAUCUCACAGACUAUCAGAUUUACGUGUUACCGGAUACACACAAUAUUAAGGAUUAUAUGGCGUAGAGAAAGAAUUAAUUCCAAAAAAAAUGUAGUGUUUGGAAUUAUUUAAAGUAAACACAUUCUAUCAGAAUUACACGUUACUGGACAUACAUCAUAUUAAGGAUUGAAAUAAUAUGAUAUAUACGGAAAGAUAUAAUUCUAGAAAAGGUGUGAAGGUGUGAAAUCCCUUUAUAAUAGAUAUCACAAAGACAAAUUAUUAUAUGCAUCCUGUUAGGAAUAUUUAAAUUAAUCACAUAAACUAUUGAAUUGCGUUUUACUGGACAUACACAAUAAUUAGCAUCAUAUAGUCUUUGGAAAUUUAAUCCCAGAAAGGUGUGAAGGUGUGAAAUGUGAAAUCUCUCCUUGAUAAUAGAUAUAACAAAAAAAUUUUAUUAUAUAAAUUCUGCUGGGAAAAUUUAAAUUAAUCACAGAAUAUCAGAAUUACGCAGUACAGAAAGAAUUUAAUUCCAAGAAGAUGUGAAGGUUUGAAAUCUCUCCUUUAUAAUAAAUAUCACAAAAACCAUUUAUUAUAUGAAUCCUGCUGGGAAAAUUUAAAUUGAUCACAGAAUAUCAGAAUUACGCAUUGCCUGACAUACACAUAAUAUUAAAGAUUAAAUGGUAUACAGAAUGUUUUAAUUCAAGAAAGAAUGUGAAUUAAUGGUGACCUCGCAUCCACAAUAUUAUGGAUUUAAGUUAUAUGGUGUAUGGAAAUAUUUAAUUAUAGAAAAGGGGUGAAGGUGCGAAAUCCCUUUAUAACAAAUAUUACAAAAGCAGUUUAAUUAUAUACAACCUGCUCAUUGUUAGCUGUUUAACUGCGGUUAGAAUGGAAUAUGGAUUCAGUAAUUGAACCCUGCUGUUGAUCAAAAACAGGACUGAAAUGUUCUGUAUUUGAAGAAUAUUAAUUAGCCAUUCACUCAAAUUAAGCAGUUGAGAAUCAUGUAUUAAGUAAAAGAAAUAACGUGGAAUACAUUGAAAAGGGAUGAUUCGUUGCAGUCAGCAUAGAAAUAUUAAAUACAGUGGAAAUUAUUGGAGCAACAACUGACAGUCUGAUAUGUCAGAGUGUUGCAUAUCCAUAACAUUGUCAUUUGCUUAGACAGUUUGCAAUUUCCUGAGAAAAAAAAUCCUCAGAAAUUAUUUUAAAGAUAAUUGUGUGUCUAAUAUCCAUAACAUUGUCAUUUGCUUAGACGACAGUUUCCUGAGAAAAAAAACCCUCAGAAAUUAUUGACAGUGUGAUAUGUCAGAGUGUUGUGUCGCAUAUCCAUAAUAUUGGCAGUAUCUUCGACGACAGUUUGCGAUUUCCUGAGAAAAAAAAAUCAAAUUUUCUAAUAUUUGUGUAGUGUUGUGUAUAACAAACAGGGUCAAUUGUGUAGAAUUGCUCUUCAUGUCCCAGGUUCCCCUUACCCUGGACGCCGAUGACAACGAAUACAACUCAACAUAUGAACUACGAACCAAGAUGGCGUAUUAUUCUCAAGUAAAUAAUAGUCAACUUCCUCCUAGAAACUAUCGCAAACUGGGUUUGUGCGAAGUUGCUCACAUGGUUAUGCGGGUGGAAAUCCGCACCAUAGAGUUCUGGCGUGCCGUGAUUUCCGAAUGUCUUGGAACAAUGCUUUAUGUGUUUUUGGGAUGUAGUUCCACCCUGACUUGUGGUAGAAGCAUUGACCCUAGCAAUCAAGUCGUACUUGUUGCUCUGUGCUUUGGAUUUACGCUCGCUACGUUGGUCCAGUGUUUUGGACACAUUUCUGGCGCUCACUUCAAUCCAGUGGUGAGUCUUGUGAUGGCGUUAACAUGUAAAGUGACUCCGUUAAGAGGAAUUAUGUAUUCUAUAGCUCAGUGUGGAGGGAGUAUAGCAGGUGCUGCAUUGUUAUAUGGAAUAACUCCUGGUGUUUGUCAGAAUGAAAUGGGAAUUACCCGUGUUAUGACCGGAUUAAAUCAUUGGAAAGCUUUUGGUAUAGAGGCUAUAUUAACCUAUAUUUUAGUUUUCUCGGUAUUUGCGACGAUAGAUCCGAACAGACGUGAACUAGGAAGUAAACCACUAGCUAUUGGUAUCGCAGCAGCCUUGUGUCAUUUAGCAGGGUUUCGUUUUACUGGUAGUGCUAUUAAUCCUGCCAGAUCUCUUGGGCCAGCAUUUGUCAUGAGUCAUUGGGACAAUAUAUGGAUAUAUUGUGCUGGACCAUUAACUGGUGGUGUUAUAUCAGGGUUGUUAUAUGAGUAUAUAUUUGAUCCGAGGAGAAGUCGAAGGAAACCAAAUAUCGCUGCUGAUACUGCAUCAAAUUAUCCUGAUUUUGAGGACAAUGACGAUAUCACAAGCAUUCCACAACACAUGCCAACCACACCGAAUCACGCGUCACAUUAUAAUACCAGUACAGAUCACUAUAGCAACGGUCUAGCAGAAACACAGUGUGGUGGUAGCGGCCAUUGUAGCGAAAAUCACUACACAGCACAUUUACGUAGUCCAGAAAGACAUUCCCAUCCAGACGGAAAUUACGAACCAGUAGGUAGGCGGAGUUACGUUGGAUAUAAUCCUGUUAACCACUCAGGACUUGAAAACGAGGCUUAUCAAGCCUUCGAUACGAACCCCCGUCGAAUUCCCCCGCCACCUCCACGAAACAAGCGUACGCUUCAACAAACAAAUGAAGAGAUUUCAUUGGAUGAUGUUAGUGCAUAUCAGGGACGACAUGGUUGAUUUAUAUAUUUUCUGACUUUUGAACUUUGCUGAAAGCAGACGGAUGGUUAAUUUGUAUAUUUUCUGACCUUUGAACUUUGCUGAAAGCAGACGGAUGGUUAAUUUAUAUAUUUUAUGACCUUUGAACUUUGCUGAAAGCAGACGGACUGAAGAACGGGCAGUAACAAACAUUGGAUUUAUAGUAUUUUUUUGUUUUAGAUACUGGUUGGUGCCGUGUGUCAUCGGGAUCUCUAGGUGCCUCUGCUGUCCGUGAUUACAAUCCAGUCAGAAAGACAACGAGGAUACUCGAUUGAACGUUCCAGAAUUAAAUUCUCUCAAUUCCAAAAAUAGUGUCUAUCGAGUGGAAAGGAAAAUUUCGGAGUACAAUGCAUGUGCCGACUGCAUAAAAAAUAUCUCAACCAAUCAUGACAACUGAAACAUAUUUUUUACUUAAAAUAUGUCACGAUUCUACUCACACCACCUCAGCUGUCGGAACUGGCAGAACAGUGACAGGGCUUGAUUCCGUAUCACUUGAUUGCAAUUCUGUCAAUUCGGGACGUUCCGGACUGACAAUCGAGCACACCCAAAGUGAUACAUAUUGGCCAAAUAAUAAAUUUUUGACAUGUAUAUAUAUUACAAUAACUUACCUGGAUUCUCCUAAUGGUUGUCUAUAAGAAUCCUUUGAAUCCAAAAAUGUUUUAAAAACAACAAGAUUAAUCUGCUUAAUUCUAAGUGGACAAAAGAUUAUCUUGCAUUUUUGAAAAUUUGUCAUAUAUUAUGUGAAAAUCAUCAAGUAUUUAGUCGUUAAGGCCUGCAAGAAUCUGCAUGUGAAUCAGAUUCUGAGAUAUAUCAAUCUGAUUAAACACCCUAAGUGAAUAAUGAACUCUUCUAAUCAACAUAUUGUUAUCUAACAAAUGGAUUAGUUCAUAAUUGACAAAAGGGAUGUUUUUCAAUCUGAUUAAAAUACAGAUCUAUAUUUCGUUUCGUUUUUUUAUACUUUCGAUGGCCUACACUACAUGAAGAUCUGACAAGUUAUAGCGAUAGGUCACAUCAGGGGUCAAAAGACCGACUUAUGACCCUAUGAUGUCAGACAUUUGAUUAACCAAUCAUCAUUGAUGUUACUAGUGGAUUACCCACAGUUCCGUGCCCUGACACCAUUCAGAACACGAGUUAAAUAACAACUCUUCCAGAUCCAAGUGUAGUAAAGACAAGUAAAACGAAAUUUUGAACUAUAAAAACGAAAUAGGAUCUGUGUUUUAAACAGAUUGGAGAUAUUUAAAACUUUCUAGGCUUUCUGAUUGUUCAACAGAGAUUUCAUCUAUUACAUGAUGCAGACAGUUUUGAUAAUAUAUCACAUCUUUAUCAAUCGUCCAUUUUGUGAUUAUUUCCUAGUCUGGUUUAUAAAAUAACUGUGUCUAAAAACUUGUCAACCAACCCCUCCAGAACAAGAAUUAUAGAUCUUCUUUGAUUUGGCAUUUAGUAAUUGAAUAUAUUAACUCAAGGUACAAUUUUAUUGAUACACAAUUACAUGUGUAAUACUAAGUGACGUUUCCGCGAGGAUACUCUUUGAUCUUUAUCGAUCAUUUGCUUGACAAAGAGGAGAGUAUCCUCUACUCUCAUUCAUAAUCAAAUCAAGAAAUGGAUAAUCAAGACUAUGUAUUUUAUCGUACCGACCUUAGUAAUGAUCGAGGCUAGGCCCAAAAUUCAAUCGCUAAAUUUUUGGUUCAUAGUGGAUCAAUUUGACUGAAAUUUUCCACAAAUUCCCUUUACAGUAUCUAGUUUUUAACUAUUAUAGUGAGAACUGCCAGCUCUUUAUCUAAUCUCCCAUAAUGUAGCUUUAAAGCUUUAGCAAAUUGUAAUUAAUAUCAUUUGUUUUAUAAAGGCUAGCUUGUUGCAAUAUUAAUUAUAAAGGCUCAUCUUUGCCUGAAUUGUUUUUUUUGGUUUUUUAAUGAAUAGAGCAGGCACGUGUUCAGAGAAGGGGUCCCUCACCUCAGAGGCGUAGCCGCGAAAUAUAUAUUGGGGGGGGGGUCCGCAAAUGAAAUUAUAUAAAAUGUUGACAAUCUGUGACGCCGGAGGCACGAGGCUGCGCAGCAGCCGAUGUAGCGCGAUAGGGAGAGUGUGGGAGGGUCAUCCACCCUCUGGGGUUGGGAGGAGGCCACCACCAUAAAAUAUUUUUAAAGUUUCAGUCUUCUGUAAACACUGUUUUGGCAUAUUUUACUAGGUUAAACUAAAACAUUACACCAACAUAUUGGGAUAUGUACAGGUUUUAUACAGAUAGAAUCUUAACUAAUCCUAAUAAUUGUUGUAAAUAAAUAGGAGGAAGGGCCUACUAUGUAAAUUUUGUGGUGGUCCAAGUAUAUUCAGACAACCCCACCCCCCCCCUCUCCCAGAAAAACAUGCCUUGCCUAGCUUGCCUCAUCUUUGCUACAAUGGGUUUUUUUAAUGAAUAGAGCAGGCACAUGUUCAGAGGACGGGUCCCUCUCCUAUAUUCAUUGAAAUAAUGUGGAAUAGACAGUAGACAAACGGGGGCCAGAGUCGCAAAGUUAGUAAGCCGCUGGCUCGCAAACCUGGAGAUCACAUGUUGGCUGAGACAAUUCAUCAGGAUUUUUCGACGUGGUUCCCCCUUGUCAGUGGUGCAGGACAGCUGUCUAGUCAUUCGGAUGGGAUUAAAAACAGGUCCUGUGUAUACAUUGGCAUGCAUGUAAAAUUUCCCUCAUAGCACACUGUAUAGAACAGUAGGACGUUAAACACAUUUUCAUUUCCAAUAGACAAACAUUCAAAGUAGGGCCGCCAUUUUGACCCCACUCCACUCUUCCUAUGUGUGUACCCACCUAAAUGAUUUUAUUUAUUUUGAAAAAAAAUAUGUCAGGUUUUUUUUCCAAUGUUGGACCAUCGGACCACAUCCAAUGGUCUGAGGCCCCUGCUAUGAACUAUAUGUAAUUAUCAUUUUAAAAACUUACAUUGUAUAUUCAACUCUUGACUAAAUUUAGUAACUGAAUGAGAAUAAUACAUGACACAAUUAUAUGGAAUACCAGUUACUUAAAAAGUUUAUUUCUGGCGACGAUUCCAUGAGUGUUCUCUCUUCUUUAUCAAGUGAUUUUCCGGCAUGGUUUCCCCUUGUCAGUGGUAUAGGAUGGAGGUCCUGAGAAGGACAGCGGUCUAGUCUUUCGGAUGGGGAAAUAAAAUGAGGUCCAGUGUACACAUUGGAAUGCACGUAAAAGAUCCCUAGGCAGUUGGAAUUUGAUAUUAUAAGAGUAGACCGUAGUGCUCAGGCAAAAUUUCCCUCAUAGCUCACUGUAGGCUAUGGCAUAUACCCGUCUUCAUUAGCCCAGUCGGAGCAGAAAAAUAGGACGUUAAACCCCAUUUCAUUUCUUCAAGAUAUCCAACAAAACUAUUAUAAAAACUGUAACAAUCAUACUUCAUCAGAGAGAGAGAGAGAAAGAGAGAGAGAGAUGGGGUUUAAGGUCCACUCGACACAAACUAGGUCAUUUCGGGACUAACAUAUGGUUAUAAUUUUAUUUACUUAAUUUGUUUGUGCGUAGCAGUGGGAGGAAACCGGUGGACCCGGAGAAAACCCACGAGGUUGGACAGGCGACCCUACUCCUUGCCACGUACAACCGGGGAUUCGAAACCACGUCAGUCGACUCAAUGACAGACUUUAUGAUACAGCGCGCGCACGCUAACCAUUCAGCCAUCCAACACCCCCCCCCCCCAUACUUCAUUAAUCUUACAUCAUAAUCUUACAGAACAGUAUACCACGUUAAACCCCAUUUCAUUUGUAACUUUAAUUCUAUAUAAUUGUGUCAUGUGCUACUCCUGACUGCUGUAUGUAUUAUUUCUUUUAUUGAUGAAUAUUUUCUGGGAAUUAUGUAAAAUAUUAAUAUAAGAAAUAAAAUGUGGAAA